CUGGAUUUUGUACAUUCGAAGGAAAGGAAUGCUUCGGUUAUUCGUGUGUGUGACUCAAAGGACUUCUGGAUGAGGUGCAUGUCUAACAGUUCAGAAGUGGUGAAAAGAUUCUUCUUAAUCCUGGGCUAUAGUCAGAAGAAAUCUGGACCAUCCAGAGAAAAUAGUCUUGGAGGUACAUUGCAAGUAGAGGCCUAAGAGUUUUGCUUUUCAUGUACAACAAUACUCAGCAUGUUGUUAUUCUAUCACAUGCUAGCCAGAGCCUUUCUUCCGUUCUUCAUCCUGUCAGGAAAUUGGGUUUCAGCUGAGAACAUCAACUUUUACAAUGUGAGACCUCCACUAGACCCCACUCCGUUUCCAAACAGUUUUAAGUGCUUUACCUGUGAUAAUGCAGUGGACAAUUACAACUGUAACAGAUGGGCUGAAGAUAGAUGGUGUCCUGAAAAUACUCAGUACUGUUUGACAGUUCAUCUCUUCACAGACCAUGGGAAGAGUACAUCAGUCACCAAAAAAUGUGCUACUGGAGAAGAAUGCCAUUUUGUAGGCUGCCACCGUCACAGGGAAAGUGGCCACACAGAAUGUGUUUCUUGCUGCGAAGGCAUGAUUUGCAAUGUAGAAAUACCAACCAAUCACACAAAUGCAGUAUUUGCUGUAUUGCAUGCCCGGAGAACAUCGGAUGGCAGUGGGCGGACAGUCAACAUGGCAGUGCUUGUAUCAGUCAUGAUGAUCACGUUGUUGUGAUGCAGCAUCUUCCCGUUAUAUCUGCUUGAGAGGGUCCGCUUUUCUGUGGGCGAUAAGAAACUGUAAGAAGAUUGUUACAGUAUGUGCAAGGAGAAAUCACUGAUGCUUCUUAAUUACGGAAAAUGUAAGGGGACAGUGAAAAGGCAAGUGUACAUCAUGAAGUCCUUGGAUAUUUUAGUGAAGAUACUUCAUAUGGCAUGCAGUAUUUAAAAAAAAACAAAACACAACAACCCACUGGUUGACUAGGUGGUGGGGUGAACUCAAGUUAUUAUAAUUCACUAUGUUAUGAUGAAAAUGCACAUAUGCUUGGCAUGUUUUUUGAACAGAGAAAAGUGUCUGUAGACAAUCACUUUCCCAGGUGAGAUAAAAAGGAACUUUCGAUGGGCGAUGUGCCAACAGGUAUCUCAAUGGAAACUGGUUUUAAACUGGUUUUCGUUGUGCAUAAAUAACAUGGAGUUUCUUGUCUUGAUCAACAGGUGUAUUUAAGCUUAUCCUUAGUUAUGGUUUUCAUAGAGAACAUGUAUGGUUUUCAUAGAGAACAUAUAUGAGAGAAUUUUUUUUUCUGUUUUGAUCAGAGCUAUCAUUUCUACUGGAAAUAAUACAAAAUAAUACUUUAUAUCCUUCUUUUCUGUAAAAUGUUGUCUCACACUCAGAUUUUAAAACAGUGUGAAGUUAUGUAGAAUUUCUGUCUAAAAAUUAUGAACUGUUUGAGCACCUAAAUCAGAAUUCCUUUCCCUUCCACAAAGGGAUUAUUUUCUUGCAAUAGAAUCUCACCCCAGCUGAAUCUUUGUCUUUGUGAUAUUGUUCAAAGUGGUGGUAACGCCAUGACUUUGAAAUUGCAACUUUGGUCAAGCAGCUACAUUAUCAUAAAAAUUGUAAGUGGGCAUUUGGUAUAAGUAAGGAGAGAAGUCUGCUGUGUUCUCUCUUGAUUUGCAGAAGUUUCUCCCAGAAAUGUUACUGUCCAUGAUGGAUCUUCGACUUGUAAGUCAGCACUGUUGGAUACCCCAGACCUCUGGACAUCAUUGUUAUGUAGCUUUGCCGCCCCCAUUUGAAAAAUUUGGGCCAAGAUUCUAUUUUUCAUUACAAUAUUGAGGGGUUUAAUGUGGUUUAUUUGCAGUUUGACCAUUUGACUCCUUAGGUUUUAGAUGCCUGUUUACCAGUUAGAUGAACAGCUACAAAUUUGACAAAUAAUAGAGUUUAGAUUACAGUUAGACGUACUAAAACCUUCUUUGUUUUCCUGUGUAAACCUUGUGAUGCAGACCAGCAUAAAUGAGCCACUUGUGUGAACUCUCACACCUUCUAGCACAGAACAGUGCUUUCCAGGGCUCUGAUAGAUCAAGCUGUUAUAGACUGGCCUAAACACAGUCUUUAAUAGGUCAGACUUACAGCGUCUGCAUUGGUUACUUCAUUAAUGCUUAUGUUCUUUGCACUGCAAACGCCCUGAUUGUAGAGACCAGCAGGUACUGAUAUUAUAGGACUUCUCAGUAUGGUUUUGUGUGAUCCAAAAUCCUAACAAAUUUCAGCUGCUCCUGUUUGCCCAGUUGCGUUUCUUCCAACUCCUUGCCAUCUUCAUAAACUUUCUCUGACAACCUAAGAUACUGUAGCACAGCUAAGGAUUUCACCCAGCAGGGUUAAAGAACUGCAUUUCACUUUUUUACAUAAAUAUUGGCUUAAUUAUUUGCUGUCUUAUAUCGCUAAAUGUAUUUAGACUAGCAACUGAAAAACAGAUUUUGAAAUGUUUUCAGUUUCGUUUACAUUCUAAAAUUGCCUACACAAUGUUUUUAGAAUAUAUAAAUAUGUCUAAAAGUCAGUCUGUGAUUUGUUGACAGGCAAUUGCAUAGUUUCAAAAAUUGGAUGGGAACACUUUUUCCUUGCCGAUGCAAAAUACCUCUCGCUGUCUAAGUCAAGGUUUUCCAAGCUCUGGGUUCUGAUGACCAUUGCUGUGCCAUACAACAGGCCAAGAUGCUGAGGAUGUUUUGAGGAAAUUUUUCCUUUGUUCAGUGAUCACCUCUAGGUAACAUCUAUAGUAUUAAUCUUGGUGUCAGACAUAGUACAUUCAAUGUUUUUCAUCAUUAAACAUCUUUUACUACACGAUCUACAGGGUGCUUGAACUUUUUUCUUGUGGGAAAAUCAUUCCAGGUUUGCUGUCUGCUCAACGGGGAAUUCCUUAGUAAAGUGAAACCAGUUGUCUUCCACGUUUUGGGUCUCGGUAUUUUUCCUGGUUUUGCCUCUAAGCACUAGGUGCUCCCAUAAUUCAGUUUCUGGGAAUAAUUAUUGCAAUCUUAACAAGGCCUUAAAGUGCCCUAUAGUCUUAUAUUAAUUUACUGUAAAUAAUUUCCAAUAAUCUAAGUGCUGACAUUUUUUUACACUGCAAAUGCCAUUCCAGAGCAUUUGGGAGGCCAGGGCGACCCUGGAGAGCUGCCCAGAGGGAGGGCGCAGGGGCAGAGGAAAUGGGCUGCAGGUUCCCUGCAACUGCCAAAAGACCUUUUGGGAGGGGAGGUCUCUGUCUGUUUGUUUUUCUUGGUUGAACAU